AUGGCCAAAAUCAGUCAAGACGUUUCUUCUUCUCGUUCUAAAGCUAGAAAGGCUUACUUCACCUCUUCCUCCGUUGAAAGAAGAGCCUUGUUAUCUGCUCCAUUGUCCAAGGAAUUGAGAGAACAAUACAACAUCAAAUCUUUACCAAUCAGACAAAACGAUGAAGCUUUAGUUGUCAGAGGUUCCAAGAAGGGUUCCCAAGGUAAGGUCAACUCUGUCUACAGACUUAAGUUCGCCGUCCAACUCGAAAAAUUGCAAAAGGAAAAGUCCAACGGUGCUUCUGUUCCUAUCAACAUUCACCCAUCUAAGGUCGUCAUCACCAAGUUGCACUUGGACAAGGACAGAAAGGCUUUGAUUCAAAGAAAGGGUGGUAAGCUCGAAUAA